GUUGUUUUCUUCCUGCGGAGAAGGGGCCGGGGUGGACCCCGAACCGCCCGGCCUCUCCUCUCUCCUGCCCUUCUCGCCCGGUCCGGAUCCGCAACGCCCUGCCCUGCUCGUUCCGGUCCCACCUUUCCCUGGGCUCUGGACCGGGGCCGGCUGCCCACCAGCUGGCUUGGUGGGGAGAGGGUGAAGGCCAGCCCGGCGAGCACCAUGGCGUCCGCUCUGGGAGCCGGCGGGGGAGCCGGGGCUGGAGAUGAUGAUUUUGAUCAGUUUGAUAAGCCUGGUGCAGAACGAUCCUGGAGAAGAAGAGCUGCGAAUGAGGACUGGGAUAGUGAACUUGAAGAUGACUUACUUGGAGAAGAUUUGCUAUCUGGCAAAAAGAACCAGUCGGACUUGUCAGAUGAAGAGCUAAAUGAUGAUCUUUUGCAAAGUGAUAACGAAGAAGAAAGUUUCAGUUCUCAGGGUAUCACAAUUAGUCUUAAUACCACACCUGGCAUGGUACCAUCAUUUGAACUGCCUGACAACACUAAUGACCAGUCUGGAGAACAGGAAUCGGAGUACGAACAUGGAGAGGAUGACAUGGUUUAUCACAAAUCUGAUGGCUCUGAAUUGUAUUCUCAAGCAUACACAGAAGAAGGACAGUAUGAAGGCCACGAUGCGGAGCUGUCAGAAGACCAAAUAGGAUAUGGGGAUGAGCCAGAGGAGGAACAACUUUACAAUGAUGAAGUGCUAGACAUCGAAAUCAAUGAACCAUUAGAUGAAUUUACAGAUGAAGAAUACUUGCAGGCUUAUGGUGGGCAACAAGGGAAGCAAAAGCAGGAAGACUAUGUUGCUGAAGAUAAAUUAGAUGAGAUUACUGAUUCCCAGGUUGCUCCUGAAACUGAAGAGGGAGGUGUGGAAACUCUGGACCUCCAGAAGGACGCAAAAGAAGAAUCAGAUGAAGAAGACGAUGAUGAUGAAGAAUCUGGGAGAUUACGUUUCAAAACGGAAAGAAAGGAAGGAACAAUUAUUAGACUCUCAGAUGUAACUAGAGAGAGAAGAAACAUUCCAGAAACUUUGGAACUUUCCGCAGAAGCCAAAGCUGCAUUGCUUGAAUUUGAAGAGAGAGAGCGACAGCAUAAGCAGGGACGCUAUGGUUCCAGGCGGGGAGGAAGGCGAGGAGGCUCUCUAAUGUGUCGUGGAAUGGGUGACCAGAGACGCGACAACAGUGAGAGGGGGAGGAUGAAAGAUCACAGACCUGCUCUGCUUCCUACACAGCCUCCUGUAGUGACUCAUUCUCCAAGAUUAAUUCCUCCUCCACAGCCACCUCCACCUCCACCACCACCGCCUCCUCAGCAGCAGCCAAUUAGGAGUCUGUUCCAGCAGCAGCAGCUACAACCUCUGCUUCCCUUGCAACAUCCGCAUCAUCCCACGCCGCCUCAAGGGAUGCAUAUGCCUCCCCCAAUAGAGGCCCCGAGAAUAAUGAUGACCCCGCCUCCGGUGACUCCACAGCAGCCCAAGAAUAUCCAUAUAAAUCCGCAUUUCAAAGGGAAUGUUGUAACUCCUGUCCAAGUGCCCUUGCUACCAGUUCCAAACCAGCCAAGACCUGCUGUGGGACCCCAAAGAUUCCCAGGCCCUCCGGAAUUUCCACAGCAUACACCUGGACCUGUUCCCAAUAAUUUUAACCAGCCCCCACGGCUUCCUCUUCAGGACCAGUGGAGAGCGCCCCCCCCUCCUCAGGAACGGGACCCUUUUUUCUUAGGAGUUUCAGGUGAACCAAGGUUUCCAAGUCAUCUUUUUCUGGAACAAAGGAGUCCACCUCCACCUCCACCUCCUCCCACACUUCUUAACAGUACUCAUCCUGUUCCUACUCCGAGUUCUUUACCGUUCACUCAGCCUGGACCCGCAUUUAAUCAACAAGGACAGCAGCCAGGAUUUCCGAGAGAAAGGCCUGUAAGACCAAACCUUCAACCUCCAGGCCCAGUGGGGAUUCUUCACUUUAGCCCGCCAGGAUCAGCAAAUACACGGCCUUUUAUUCCUCCCAGACAGCCGUUCUUGCCUGGCCCAGGACAGCCAUUUCUACCAACACAUGCACAGCCUAAUCUGCAGGGGCCACUGCAUCCUCCAUUGCCACCUCCACAUCAACCUCAGCCUCAACAGCAGCAACCUCAGCAUCAGCAGCAGCCCCAGCAUCAUCAGCACCAGCCCCCGCUUCAACCCCAACACCAACCACCACAUCAGCCUCCACACCAACCUCCUCCCCAGCAUCAGCCUCCUCACCAGCCACAGCAUCAGCCACAGCACCAGCCUCCACAUCAACCUCAGCAGCACCAGCACCAGCACCACCACCACCUUUCUGUUCCUCCUCCUCCUCUGAUGCCCAUGUCUCAGCCACAGUUUCGGCCUCAUAUGCAGACGGCUCAGCCUCAGCCGAGUAACAGUAGAAUGCAGUGUCCCCAGCGGCAAGGUCUGAGGCAUAAUACAACUUCGCAGAAUGUAACCAAACGUCCAAUUCAGCAAAUGCAGCCCACUGCUCCAAGAAAUAGUAAUUUGCGUGAAUUACCAAUAGCCCCACCGCACGUCAUGGAAAUGAGUAACAGCCGAUGCUCCUCCACCCCUGCAGCUCAAGGAAAGCCUAUUAUAAGCACAGCGCCGCCCACAAGGUCUGUGGUGGGUCCCAGGAACGCCCAGGGGAAGACUGAAGUGAAAGUCAAGCCUGUUACUCCUGUGGCUCAACCUAAAGAAGAAGCAAAAACAGAACCAGAGUUUCCAGACGAGGAUGAAGAAACAAGGCUCUAUCGUUUAAAGAUAGAAGAACAGAAGCGCUUAAGAGAAGAAAUCCUGAAACAAAAGGAGUUACGACGGCAGCAGCAGGCUGGUGCUCGGAAGAAGGAGUUGCUGGAAAGACUUGCGCAGCAGCAGCAGCAGCAGCAGCAGCAGCAGCAGCAGCAGCAGCAGCAGCAGCUUUAUACCCCCCAGCUCCCAGUAGAGCAAGAAGAACGGACUUCCUCACCACUACCCACCAAUGGUAACCCACUGUUACCCUUUCCAGGUGCCCAGAUCAGACAAAAUGUGAAAAACCGACUUCUUGUUAAAAAUCAAGAUGUUGCAAUUUCAAAUGUUCAGCCUAAAACAUCAAGUUUUGUCCCCUCUGGUGCUAAUAUGCAGUAUCAAGGACAACCACUGAAACCACUCAAACAUCUGAGACAGGCCCGGAUAGUACCUCAGAGUCAAACGCAGCCAUCUCUCAAGGUAUUCCCAGCCAAACCUGCUGACAUGGAGGAGCUGCCACCUUCCCCACAGACUGCCAGAGUGGCUUCUGUCCAAGGCCGGCCCCAGGAAGUAAAACCUGGAGUGAAAAGGACGGUCAUGCAACGGGCAAACAGUGGUAGUGGAGACGGGCCGCACAUCAGCUCCAAAGUCAGGGUGAUUAAAUUGUCAGGCGGGGGAGGAGAGAGUGACUGCUUUUUCCACCCAGAAGGCCAUCCCCAGCGGCUUCCUCCACCUCCGGAAGGGAGGCAGCAGCCUGUCCGGAAGGUCACACUGACCAAGGGGAUCCUUCAGCCACAGCACUCACCAGUGGCCCCCCACAUGCACCCGGCUAUUCCUCCAGGGAUCAAAAACAUCCAAGGAAUCCACUCAGCCAAAAAGGUCAUCAUGUAUGGGAGAGGCAGAGGACUCACGGGUCAGAUGGGCCGGGGCCGCCUCAUGCCAAAUAAGCAGAAUUUACGAGUGGUGGAGUGCAAGCCCCAGCCCUGUGUUGUGUCCGUGGAAGGGCUUUCUUCGUCAACUACCGAUGUCCAGCUGAAAAGCCUGCUCAUGUCUGUAGGACCCAUUCAGAGUUUACAGAUGCUUCCCCAGCAAAGGAAAGCCAUAGCGAAGUUUAAGGAACCAGCCCACGCGUUAGCAUUUCAGCAGAAAUUCCACAGGCACAUGAUAGACCUGUCCCACAUCAGCGUGGCCCUCAUUGUUGAGUGAUUUCUGGUAGGCGGAUCUGACCUUAUGCUAUACCAACACUGUGGAAUUUCGCCAAGGAAGCUCCGGGAGCAGAGUUCUCAGACCUUGGACCUUUCCCAUCACUGCCUGCCAUAGCUCUUGUCUGGAGCUACAGGCACAACAGGAUUGGCUCCAGAAGAGCUGGACUUACGGGACACAGCCUAUUGGAGUAUGGUGUUAGAGUUCUUCAAAUUCUGUUGUAACCACAAAAAAAGUACCAUUUUUUUCAUUGUCUUUUGUUUUCAAAGUGCUUACUAUGCAUGUAGACAUUGUUCUUCCAGAUCUUACCGUAUGAUCGAUCCCAGUGACUUAGAUUCAGGAAAGAACAUGGAUGCUACAAAUCCACAGUAUUUUUCACAGCAAAGAACAUUCGAUAAUGGUUGCACUGAUCUUCAUGCAGGCUAGAAAACAGUUUUCACAGCCAAGCUUCACUUGAGUUGUCUUCUCCAAAAGUCCUGGUAAAAAUGUAGGUUAAAAUGUGGGUGGUUAUUGAUUGACAUUUACAUAUCCUGGAAAGUCAGGGUAUGAGAGGGGUGGUUGGGAGUGGUGCCAAUUGAAGUGGCAGAUUCUGCUUCUUGUAACUAUUCCAAAAGCGCCAACUGUACACUCUGAGUUCCAAGGAAUGGGUACCCUUUGACCAGAAUUCCCCAAAAGUCAAAAGGCUGGGUAGGCACAUUGCGGCUCCCUCGGCCUUAGCAGGCACGCUCAGCCUUGUAGCCCUCUGACCGAGUUCCCUGUCUAGUAGCAUUCCCCGUCACAGCGACAACGUGAGUUUGAGGGUCAGCCUGCGGGGUUACCAGAACCUAUUUGCUUUGCUUUCCCGCCCUUAAAAUACCGCCCUGGGGGCAGCUCUCGCUGUCGCUGGCUUUGUAACAUGCUUUGGGAACCUGGUUGUCAUUGUCUCAAUUGUCCCUCUUUCUGUGACCCCCCUCCCGUCCCCCUUUGUUUUGAAGACGGUUUAAGCAGGGGGUGUCUGUCCAUGGCCUAAAAGCAGCAUGAUUCUUACUCUGGCAUAUCCUUUUUUUGAAAACAGACAGGAGGUAACAGUUGCAUGAUAACAAAACCUGAAAUAAAAUGUACACUAUGUCAUCGAUGAACUGGCUUGAGUCAUUCCCGGUAGGUUCCUUUCGUUCUCUGUAAAGCAACCUUUAGAAAGAUUCAAUUUGGGGCAAGCACUGAAAAAAAAGUGCCUUACUCUAUUUCUGCUCAUGAAAGUUAUGUCUCAGUUCGGGCUAUAUUUUGAUGUGGACUUGAACUAUCUGAGCAGAUCAUACAUAUUAGGGCAUACUCACGCUUUUUAAGCUCUAUUUUUUACUUAGGAGGCCAUGUCAAAUUUAUUGACGUUUUCACUAGAAUUAAGGAAAAUUAGAAACCUGUUAUUCAAAGCAUCAAGCCAACCUAGUAGGGACCAGAAUGUGAGCGCUGAAACAGUCGGAAGCAUUCCUUCCCGGCCUCAGCGUUCCCAAGGGAGACAGUUUGCCUGAAGGUGUGUCGUCUUGUGUUUUUACAUUUGAAUUUUUAUAUUACGUUACCAAUUAAGUAACCCCAUGCGAAACUGUCUAUCUGCCUUCAUUCUAAAAUAACAGCAUGUGCUUACUAAGCCCGGCUGGAAAACGAGGGUGGUGGUGGGAACGGGCUGCUCGUCCACAGAGAGAUGCUGGUUCCCCAGAGCUGCAGGCGUUCAUAGAUUCUCUUAGUGUAAGCGCUCUUCUUUGAAAGUAGAUUUCAUGCAUACACAGUUGGCUCUAGCUGCUAGUACCUAGACACCUUUGUUCCAGAAAAUCCCUAUCUAACACUUGGAAGAGGGCAUUGUGUACCAACUCGACUGGUGUGUCUCCCAUAGUCUCCCAAGGAAAAGCUCAGGGUGGUGUGCCCGUUCCCUAACGGACACGUUUUCACAGACUGCUUGUUUUCAUAACUGUAUCCACAUGUCUAAGCGUGUAGAUGAUUGGACCCAGCCCACAGUGCCCAGGGUCGAGCUGAGUUCGGUCACCUUUAAGCACUAAUGAAGAGAAAUCCAAGCUACUUAGCAUCCUCGUCCAGUGAGAAGACUUGCAGCCGAGUUUGUAUUAUAGUGAGGAUUGCUGGUGCAAUCAAGUCCGUUUAGCAGAAUCUCACCAUAUUCUGAAAUAAACAUUUGAAGGCUGCCUCUGAAAGUCGACAUCUAAGGAAUAUACUCCUCUCUAGUUAGAGGUGAUGAAACUAAAUAUAUUUGGGCACUCUUCUUAAAAACAGGUUUCAUUGCUUCUUUAAGGUCUGGGUAUGAUGCAGUGCCGUGGGAUUAUGUGUGUGUCUGUAGCCGUCUACACACAUCCACGCUCUAAGCUUGCUCUUAAGUAGCAUGUUCUUGAUGACCAACACAGUCCAACUGGGUCUGGAGUACAGCAGUCGUUAGGAUGGGUGGACACGGUCCAGCCCAGCCUCUCUGAGGACGUGCUGUAAAUGGACUCUGUUAGUACAGGCAAUCCAAAAAAUAAAGGCCUAGUCCUCUUGAAAGAAACAGCAGAAAAGGAAAGAAGCAGAAGUAGAAAGUGCUGAUAUUUCCAUUGUCCUCGCACUUGUAGCAGCUACAUUAGACCACUGUGAGCUAAGUCCUCCUAGAAGAUCUGUUGCAACCAUUGUCUUUGUUCUUUAUUUAUCAUGCAUUCAAAUGAGAUGCAAGCGCAUUUAACAUACGAUGUAAAUAUGGACCUUUUGAAAUUAAAAUGUUUAUUGAAAUGCUUUCAAUUCAGCAACACCUUAGCUAUUUGUUCUUUUGUGUUGUCUUAUCAAAGUUUAUGGAUAGAGUUCCAUAAUUGUUGAUGUGUUUGUGUGUAUAUUCGAUUUUUAUAAAGAUGGUAGUAAGUCAAUACAUUGAUCCUGAUCUGUGUAUUAUUUGUUCACAAAUUCCAGAAGCUUAAAGCCAGUAAAUGCCAGUCUGUCUCGUAGGGUGAAAACCACCCCCAGUGAUGAUGUGGAGGCAGUUAGUUUUCUCUUUCUUUCUCGUUAUCUUGUUUUGAUUUUGUGCUGUAAUAUACGAGUUCCCUUAGCAUCAGAACCUUGCGUUACCAUUGGUUUGGCUACUUUUGUUAAAUUAUUAUGCCAAUAAUCGUUUGGAGAAGAAACCCAUUUUUCCGAAAGGGAGAUGGAGGGCCCCCUCGGGUUCUGGGCAGGUAGCUUCUGAAGCAGGACCUGGGCUGGAGCCUUCCUUGUCUCCUUGUGGGGAGUUCCUUGGAUGGAAUGGGGCGGGGGGGCGGGUAUUUCAUCAUCGUUAUUUAAACCUUGGCAGUUCUUUUCAUGAUUUGUAAAGGUUCUAGAUAAACGAUUAUUUAAACUUGGCUCUACAGCAUUUCUGAAUUGUGACAAGAGUGUGACAAAGCUUAGAACCUGCACUCAGGAGUUCUUCUUAGGAAACAGGUUGCUUUAAUGUGAAAGCAAACCUUUGUUAGGUCCCAGGCUGGGUAGUAAGACAGUUAGGCAAAGGGGAGCAAGGGUAGGUAGAAGUGGAAGGUGAGAGGGAAAGAGUUAAAGCAUGGAGAAAUGCCAAUCAAGCGUUACUGCACUUUCUCCUAGCAGAUUGACUCUCAGGGUACUUGCUGUUCCAGCGAGCGAGCAGGCCACACAGGAAGGGCAGGGAGCCAUCAGGCACAGUCUAGUGUCCGAGGCCUGAGCAGCUUUCGCGUUUGGGCAGCUCCGUUCUUGUCUUCUGGUGAGGGCAGGCGUGACUGAGAAGGUAGUGUAGUAAAGGCACCUAAGGGUCCGUAAUUCUUCGAGUCGGCCUGGUUUCUUGGUUUGGGGGACGUCUGUUGUGGUUUUGUUUUACUUUUGAUUGUUUUGUUUUGCUUUAAGUUGUUAUAUUUAAUUGGGAAGGUAAGGUCCACAUACAUGCCUAUAGCCCUUUGGACUGACUGAACACUUGGCGAAGAUAAACUUUGAUCUCGUAGCACAACUGCACAAAAGCAAGGAGCUCCGUCUGUUGUCUUGACUGUAGUGUUUCUAUCAUGUUUCUCUUGUAUGUCGUGUUUGUUAGAACUAGCUACUUCCCCUCUCCCUUGCCCACAUUCUCUCACUGAGGACAGGUGCCCAGGGGUUUUAGUGCCGGAAGGUAUGGCUGCAGUUGCCCCUUUCCCAGGCAUCUGCUUCUUAAAUUUUCUUCCCUUCUUGCUUACUGAACUCAGUUCUGGCUUCCCGGAGUCACAUCUAGACCCAGUUUUACAUGCAUUUAUUCAUUAAGGUGUAAAUGUGUCCCCUGCUUACUUGUUUACUUCUCUAUUUACUUAGCAUGGGGAGGAGCUAGAGAAACAGGAGAGGGUGGGAGGAACGCGAAAGGGUUUUGUUUGUUUUGAAGUGGCAUGCUCUAGCAGGAAGUAAAGAGAAGGAGGGGGAGUAAAAGAUGUGACAUGGGCGUAGGGUCCCACCAUGAAGGGAACACCGGGAGUUUUGGUCAAUAAGGGGAAGAGUUGAAAUAUAAUUUACUAUAUUUAAUGAGCAUUUCAAUUGACCUUUCAACUAUUUUAUAACUUGUGAAAGAAGUGUUAUUUUGGACAUUCUUGAGUCUGAACUCCAAAGGCAUUAAGCCUUAAUCUAAUAUUAAAUCCUAAGGAUUUUAUGUAAGGUUUUUUUCAACCUGUCUGAUUUUUUUAUCAUUUAAAAUGCCUAACUUCUUAGGUACAUGAGCCCAUGGUUUUGUGUACAAGAACCAAAGCAGUAAAACUCACUGAUUCAUAUUGGAUCCUCAGGUAUACCGUCUUCUGGUAUCAUGUGGUUGGGAAGGAUCAUUUGUUUUAGACUUCGUAACCUACCUUUUGUAGAAAGUAUUUUUAAAAUCUUAACUCGUUUCUGUGCCAUGAUUGAUAGGAAAUUUUAAUGAAGAUGGGCUGAUGUAAUGGGCAUUUUUAGUGAGAUGUUUCAUGAAUAGCAUUUGCUUUUUCCUUUUCCUUCUAACUAAAGUGGGCAGAGGCCUUCAUGGUGGUGUUUUGCUUUGUUAACUAAUUUUAAACCGUGUGUAGACAAAUACAGGCCCUAGAAAACAAGAUAUCAUGUAAUUUUCUUUAGUUUUGUUUUUUUGGUUUUGUUUUUUGUUUUGAGUUAAUGUUACACAAAGUGGGGUGCCAAUGACUGUUUUCAUAUGUUUUGUGUUUAAGGCGUCCAUAUACUCUAGAACAGUCUCAACGCUCUUUUAGCGUGCUUUUAUUUGUUUUAGUUCGGGGUGAGGGGGGCAGUUUGUUUUUUUGGCCUCAUUUUGAGGGCGCCUUAGCUGGGCCAGAUAUUGACAGAGCUGUUCUCCCUGUGUGCGCAGCAGUGCCGCCUUAGACUGUGUAACGGAGCCGCCGCGACGCGUGCGCACGCGUGUGCGUCCGCCAGGCCCUCCUGUGUGUGACUCAGCUUUGCUUUUCACAGGCGUGGAUCCAGAAGUGCUGUUUCCGCACGAGGAUUUUAACUCAGCCUUUAGUCCCACUUUGAUUUUCAGGUACAACAAAGGCAAAAGCAUGAAUUCUGAGCCCCUCACUCUCUCGCUGGCCUGCCCGGCCGGCCCCCUAUUCUGUCGUGCCACCAUUGCCACAUCAGCCACGCCUCGCCCUCCUUGUGAGAACUCUGCUCCCUUGCCCAUCCUGACAUCCUUCCCUUCCUGCCUCCCUCUCACCUCUCUGGCCCCUCUGUCACACUCCCCCACCCACCCCCGCCCUUCCCCCCCGUUGGCUUUUCCUUUGGGUUGUGGCGGCCGUUUUUGCUGCUUCUCUCUCAGUGCUAAUAUGUAGAAUUCCACUCAGCCGAAAUGUUUUAUGUUUUGGGUUCUGUGUGUUAUGUGUACUGUUUCACAAAUUGAUUCUAUCUUAACUUUUGCUUUGACAGGUCUUCACUCACAAUUUAUUCCUCCAGGGCUUUGAUUGGAGCGGAUAACAUUUUAAUUCUGUUGCUUUUCAGUUUUUACCUCCAGGGGAGUGUGUGAGGACGCACUAGCAGAGACCCCCGUGUUUCUGCAGCACGCCGUGGUCGCCGUGUCAUUAACUCCCACUCUGUUCUUUAUUUCCUCUCCUUCCGCAGGACCUCUUUUGCAUGAGUUCAGUGGUAGUGGUAGCGCGCCUUGUUGUCCCGCGUGGGACCGUUUGUUAAUGACCGUGGCUGACUGUGAUCCUUCCUAACCGUAAUCUAGACGCGCUGUACGUGCUAUAUUUGGGUCCAGCUCUGAUGUGGAAUAUGACGCUGUGUUUCUUGAUAUUUGUUGCUCUGAGUUUUCCAAAUCAAGACCUAACUGAAUGACUUCCCUCGGGCUUAUUCUCCGUCUUGUUUUCUGCCCAAGCACACUCCAUGGACACGUGUGGGAAACGCUAGUGCCAUGUUCCAUCCCGUGUUCCACUCGGCAUUCACUUGAUCAGGAGUAUAUGUGAAGAAUAAUAGCGACAUAGUUUACAGUCUAAUGUAUUGUUGUGUGUAUCAUUUGUAUAAUUCCAUACCAAAUGCUCUGUUUUGAACUGUAUUGUAAUUUAAAAGGCCUGCUAAUAAAAUGUUGUAGUUUCCA